CGCGUCAAAUGCAUCGCAUCUCUUUCCUAUAGCUGGAAAAAUGACUCUGUUAUUGUCCUCGUGCAUUAUUGACAAACUAUGUUCCUGUUUGAGCUGCAUUGACACAAUCAGUAUUGCAUAAAGCGCUAUAGAAAUAAACGGGACUUGACUUCUACGAAUGAAAACUGAGGAGAGCACUUUAAUUGGGCUAGCUAUAAUAAACUAUGGUGGUAUUGACUCGCGUUUGGAGAGGCGCGUCGCGUUCGUGAGCGUCGGCGGAUGAAGUUCUCCGGUUGAAGGAGCGCGCAAGGAUGCCGGUACGACGGGGGCACGUCGCGCCGCAAAACACCUUCCUCGACACGAUCAUCAGGAAAUUCGAAAGUCAAAGUAGAAAGUUCAUCAUAGCCAAUGCUCGGGUGGAGAACUGCGCCAUCAUCUUCUGUAACGAUGGCUUCUGUCACAUGUGUGGCUUCUCCAGAGCUGAGAUCAUGCAGAAGCCGUGCACCUGCAGCUUCCUGUACGGCCCACACACCAAGAGGCUGGCCAUCGCACAGAUGGCACAAGCGCUGCUGGGGUCAGAAGAGAGGAAGGUGGAGAUCGUGCUCUACAGGAAGGACGGUGUGUGUUUCCUGUGUUUGGUGGACGUGGUUCCUGUCAAGAAUGAAGAUGGCGUGGUGAUCAUGUUUAUUCUGAACUUCGAGGUCAUGCCAGACGAUAAAGUGUAUGAACCGCAGGAUCUCAAUCAUAAGCUGCCUCUGCUGUGGCGCCAUUCAAAUCGAGCUUGUGGUGUCCGUUUACGUCUGCCGCUCCUGAACUCCAGGAAUAACAGUAAAUCUUUUCUGCGGGAGGAUCCAGAGUCCGGACGUGGAGCGUGUUUCUCCAGCAGCUCUCUUCCACGAAGCCACGAAUCCCUGGCUCUGGGCGAGCUGCUGUCUCUGUCUGAACACGAGCCGUCUCGUCUGACCACACCGUCCUCGCUGCUGCCCAAAGACCAGUGCAAUCUCCUGAGCAGUGACCCCUCGUCCCCUUCUCCGGCCCCCCCACACCCCGCUGCACUGCCCCUGGGACACUCCUCUCCUCGACCACAGCGGCUCAAUCCGGACGCCUCGGUGUCCAGCAGCAGCCUGACCAACAGCCGCUCGCGCGAGAGCUUUCACAGCAUGCGCCGCGCAUCUUCGGUGGACGAUAUCGAGGCCAUGCGGCCCGAAUGGGACCGAAAGCACCGUGCUCGACCCACCAGCGGCAGCACAAGUGCCAUGAACAACAAGUCCAGCAUCCUGAACUCUACCUCUGAUUCGGAUCUGAUGCGUUACCAUGCCAUCAGUAAAAUCCCACAGAUCACGCUCAACUUUGUGGACUUUAAACCAGACCCUCUCAUCGCCCUCCCGGCCGGAGAUAUGGACAUCAUCGCUCCCUGCAAACUCAUUGACCGCACGCACAACGUGACAGAGAAGGUCACUCAGGUGCUGUCUCUGGGUGCUGAUGUCCUGCCGGAGUACAAGCUCCAGACGCCGCGCAUCCACAAGUGGACCGUGCUGCACUACAGUCCGUUCAAGGCGGUGUGGGACUGGCUGAUCCUGCUGCUGGUCAUCUACACGGCCAUCCUCACGCCGUACUCCGCCGCCUUCCUGCUCAACGGGGACCAGGACAUCUCCGCCCAGAACUGCAACUACUCCUGCAGCGCGCUCAAUGUGGUGGACUUCAUCGUGGACAUCAUGUUCAUCAUCGACAUCAUCAUCAACUUCCGCACCACCUACGUCAACGCCAACGACGAGGUGGUCAGCCACCCACUGCGCAUCGCCGUGCAUUACUUCAAAGGCUGGUUCCUCAUCGACAUGGUGGCAGCAAUUCCCUUCGACCUGCUCAUAGACCGCAGCGGGGAGGAGAUGAGCGCAGAGCCAACUCAGCAGACCACCCUGAUCGGGCUGCUCAAGACGGCUCGUCUCUUACGUCUCGUCCGCGUGGCUCGUAAACUGGACCGUUACUCUGAAUACGGCGCGGCUGUCCUCUUCCUGCUCAUGUGCACGUUCGCUCUGAUCGCUCAUUGGCUGGCCUGUAUCUGGUUCGCCAUCGGGAACGUGGAGCAGAACCGCUCCAUCGGCUGGCUGCACGCUCUCGGCGUGGAUCUGGGCAAACCACACAACAGCAGCAUCAGAGGAUCGGGACCCAGCAUCAAGGACAAGUACGUGACCGCUUUAUACUUCACCUUCAGCAGCCUGACCAGCGUGGGCUUCGGGAACGUGUCGCCCAACACCAACUCCGAGAAGAUCUUCUCCAUCUGCGUCAUGCUGAUCGGAUCGCUCAUGUACGCCAGUAUCUUCGGGAACGUGUCGGCCAUCAUCCAGCGGCUGUACUCGGGAACGGCUCGCUAUCACACUCAGAUGCUGCGGGUGAGAGAGUUCAUCCGCUUCCAUCAGAUUCCCAACCCGCUGCGCCAGAGACUGGAGGAAUACUUCCAACACGCCUGGUCCUACACCAACGGCAUCGACAUGAACGCCGUGCUGAAGGGUUUCCCAGAGUGUCUGCAGGCUGAUAUCUGUCUGCAUCUGAACAGAACUCUGCUGCAGAACUGUAAAGCGUUCAAGGGCUCCACUAAAGGGUGUCUGCGGGCGCUGGCCAUGAAGUUUAAGACCACUCACGCCCCGCCGGGCGACACGCUGGUGCACGCCGGAGACGUCCUGACCGCCAUCUACUUCAUCUCCCGCGGCUCCAUCGAGAUCUUACGUGGAGAUGUAGUGGUGGCCAUCUUGGGGAAGAAUGAUAUAUUCGGGGAGCCCAUCAACCUGUACGCACGGCCCGGGAAAUCUAACGCAGACGUGAGGGCGCUGACGUACUGCGACCUGCACAAGAUCCACCGAGACGACGUGCUGGAGGUGCUGGACAUGUACCCCGAGUUCUCCGACCACUUCUGGAGCAACCUGGAGAUCACCUUUAACCUCCGAGACAACAACAUGAUUCCCGGAUCCCCCAGCAGCGCUGAUUCAGACUGCCCUGGCUUCAACAGACUGCGCAGGAGAAAGCUUUCCUUCCGACGGCGGACAGAAAAAGACGAUGCUGAUGCUGGAGAGAUCAAGAAGAAUGAGAAACCCGUCCGGAGAGGCAGAAAACAAGCGAACGAGGAUAAGAGCCCGGGAUGGGAGGAGCCUCAGAACUCUGUCUCCUCCCACUCCAGUGGUGAUGAGGGGGAGGAGCCUGUGCACACAAGCCCCGCCCCUCUCACCACACUCAUGGAUGUGACUGAAGGAGAGGGCGAUCCCAAAACAGGAAACACAUGCAACGCCCUAUCAGGUGCCUUCUCAGGUGUGUCUAAUAUCUUCAGUUUUUGGGGUGACAGUCGGGGGAGGCAGUAUCAGGAGGUGCCCCGCUGCAGUCUCCCGUCGCCCUCCAUGUAUCCCAGCAUGCCUCUGUGCAGCAUCAGCCGCCAGCAGCGCAGCCAGAUGGAGACUAGACUGGAGCUGCUGCAGAAACAGCUCAACAGACUGGAGAGUCGCAUGUCUGCAGACAUCGGUGCGAUCAUGCAGCUGCUGCAGAGGCAGAAGAUGCUGGUUCCUCCGUCCUACAGCAGUGUUUCCUCUCCGCCGCAGACGUCCAUGUUCCCCGAGACGCUCGAGGAGUCCAGAACACCUGCUUCUCUCUCACAGUCCUGUGAGUUUCUCAGCAGCUCGUCGGAGCUCCAUCCUGCGGACAGCGCCGCUCCUCGUCCUCGUCCUCGUCCUCGUCCUCGUCCUCGUGGGGGAUUCUCCAGCCUCGGAUCCCGACUGGAGCUCGAUCCGAACCCAGACGUCCACCGUCGCUUCUCCCUGCAGGAGCCGCACACAUCACUGAGCUCUGAGACGCCUCAGAAACACUAGAGACACAGAGGAGAUCACACCCUCUC